AUGAUUGAACCGAAUGAGAGGAUGGUGUUAUUUGACAUCGUCUCCCUCCUCACGUCCAUACCACAGGUCCUUGCGGCUGAGACGCUCAGUGACCUUCUACGUCAGAAUUACGACGAAAGCGAUGGCCAGUCAACACCUCAGGAUCUCAUAGAACUCAUGGGGCACUGCCUCGAGACAUUUUUUGCCUUCGAGGGGACCACAUAUGAGCAAAUUAAGUGCAGUCCGAUGGAUUUACCAAUCUACGGACUCAUUGCCGAGGCCGUUCUGCAAAAACUCGAGAAACGACUGUUCGAGGAAUACAAACCCAAGUUUUAG